AUGGAUCUUCCAACACAGAUCAGAGUUUUAAUCGUGUCUCUGACUGCUCCAUUUAUUCUCUACACAAUUAACCGUGUCUCCUGGUUACAAGAUCCACAGAUCUUAUUGGCGAUUGGAAUUACGGUUCUUACAACAGUAUUGCUCCUGGCAAAGCUCAAUGUCAAGAGAAUACCCACUGCUGACCCUCUCUUCUACGUGUUUGUUGUGUUUUCCUUCACCUCUGUGGUUGGUAUCACAAACGCUUUGCAGCAGGAUGGAUAUAUCAAAGGAUUUAUGGACUUUUACGUGAGCAAGGCUGAACCGUACCUGAGUUCUGCACACUGCAUCAUGAUGGGAUACUGGGAUGGAGUUGUUCAUUAUGGUCUGCUUCUCAUCAUGCUCCAUCUGAUGAGCACGGGAAAGUCUUUUCGCAGUCUGGCUCUCGUGUGGGCGGGAUCCACAGUAGCCAAUCAGAUCGUCUUAAUCGUGGGCAUUGUAGUUGGUAAAUAUGGAAAGAACCUCCAGUCUGCUCUCUGGAGAAAUGCUCCUUUCUUAGUUUUAUCCAUAUGGACGGCAGCCAAGCUUCUCAAUAGGCCAAGAGAGCUGUCCAUCAUUCCGGCUGACAAGGUGGAGGCUCAACAGAAGAAAGGGCUUCUGUCUCGACCUGUAGAUCUUCUGCUUACACUGGCUCUCCUGGGAUCUGUGAUCUUCACUGUCUUCAGAGGAUUAGUUGUUCUAGAAUGUUCACUGGACUGGUGUUUCUCUUACAUCUAUCAGUAUGAGCCGUACAUGAAAGACAAUGUGGGAUUUCCUAAAGUAACGAUGUUGGUGUUUCUGUUCUAUGCUCUUCCGCUCCUGACAGCGUGUGUGUAUGGUCUGCUGACCCCUGGAUGUAUCUGGAUGUUGGACUGGACGCUGGUUCUUGCAGGAGCUAUGGCUCAGAUGCAAUGGACUCACAUCGGAGCGUCCGUUCACUCACGCACACCUUUUACCUACCGCGUCCCCAAAGAUGAGUGGCGUCUGGUCAUGACCCUGAACCUGCUGUAUGCCGCGGUGCACGUUCUCCUUGCCGUCCGCUGCUACGCGGACCAGGCAUUCUUCAUAAAGAACGUCCUGCCGGAACAAACCAGCAAUGGCAAGAAGAUGAAGUAG